UUUCAGUAAAUGAUUAUGACAGAAGGCAAGGACAGCCCACAAGUUCACUGGGCGUUUGGUCAAGACAAGCUGUUCCAAAUUCAAACUAUGUCCCAAAUGGUGGCACACACCAGGAUGUUUCAGUGAAUCCAGCUAGCAUUGGUGACUUGAAUUAUAGGACACAUCCUGUCCGGAAUGGAUUGACUGCCCAUAAUUCCACUCACAGUGAUCCUCAUAAUACAGCUGUACCUAGUGAAACAAACAGACAGGGGCAUCAAAACUCACUAGUAAUGAAUAUUCCACCAUCUCUGCAAGAACAAAGGAUCAAAAACACGGAAAUUCCAAUUGCAAAUGCAGAGCAGCAGCCAUCUUUCCAUUCCUUACCUACAGUCGUGUCAGACCUGUCUCCCAUCAGCAGGAAUGCAGAAACCCAGUAUGAUACAUACCCAUCUCAAGUUCUGCCGAGCUUGAAACCGCCAAGCUUUGGAACAGUGUCGCCUCAAGGCCAGCCAAUGUUCUCUUUGGGUGCUCCCUGCGUUUCUUCUGAAGAUAACUUCCACAUGUCCUUGUCUCCCAACAUGGGGCAUCAUGGAAGGAUGGGUCAAGCAGGAGAAAGACAGGUGCCAAGCUGGCAUAAUAACUUCAACGGCAUCAGCUACAUGGGCAACUCAGCUACACCUGGGAGCUGUGGCCGACAGAUCAGUCACAGUAGCAGCGCUUCCUCAUUGAGAUCAUUUAUCAGUGAUAACUGUCUGGUGAAAAAGCUCUCAUGGAAGAUACUGCGUCACGUGGCUCUAACCCUCCAGUGCAAACACUCUUCAGCUUCUUGGAAAGAUUUGGUAGAAAGAUAUGGCUGGGAUUAUGAAAGAACUUACCUCUUUGAAAACAAGCCUCAUCCAGAAGGCAUUUUUUUCUCCUUGUUGCUUGAACCUGAGUUUCAGGACUAUUCUCUGGAGCAGCUGAGGGAGGAUCUGUUUGAACUACCCCGGCGAGAUAUUCUGAGCGAUCUCAACAAACUGAUCCUUGAGCACAAUGCUUCAGCCAGUGGUGGGGCCACUAGACAGAAUCAGUUCCCAUGA